AUCUUCUUCUCAACUUUAAUCAAAUCAAUCAUCGCUAUGAAGGCCACUUUCUUCCUCGCUGUUUCUGCUGUUUUCGCCGCCGCUGUCUCUGCUGCCGGUGCAGGUGGAGGAAAGCGUAUUGAUGUUGACCAAGAAAUGGGUGGUGCUGGCAAUGAAGGCCGCGUCAGUGGUCUGUUGAACAACCUUCUCAAGGGUGGUCUUUUGGCUGACGCCAGCAAGGGUUACGGUCUUUCCCAGGAUGCCUUUUAAACGAUGUCUUUUCUUCAUCCUUUGGGUUCACUACGUCCCCCAUACGCAUAGUUUCUUCAGAUAUCCAUCCAAAUCUUAAUCAAAUAGGUUAAUUACCUUAUCAUUUUUGUAUUGAUUUGUUUCCAAUAUAUUAUUUGAC